AUGGCAUUUGCUGAGGCAGAUAAACUACGGAAGACGUGUGAAGAUCUAAUCAGAGUUAAACCGGAGGGCUGGGUGCCUCUCGAAGAGUAUGAGGAAGCUAAGAAAAUUGAACAAGCUUUGAAACGCGACACGUUCUAUGCAGCCGAGUCGCCGGAGGACGAAGAGAGGAUACGUGAACACUGGCUCUUUGAGUGA